AUGUCUGAAGUUGAAGAUGCUACGAUUAGAUCAAGCGAGUCUAGCAUCCAUGCAUCUGUAGAUUCGCCAAAAUUAGACUCUAACCUCCAGAUGCCUGCUGAAAAUGUUCCUGAGGACGCGAUUAAGAAUAAAGAUAAAUUAAACCCAGAUCCCUUACCUAUACAAACAAGAGCCGUGACUCGAUAUAGAUAUACAAAAGAACAAUUAUUGGCUUUACGUUAUAGUCCACUUGUAGUAAAACCGAGCGCACUACCACCAAUAAAUACAUGGUUUAAUGGGGAACCUACGAAAAAAGAGGGGAAGAAAAAUCAUACUGACGGUUCUCAGGAAAAUGAGAGAAGUAAUAACCUUGGUGAAGGAUUAAAUAAAUCCAAAGAAGAACCCAAUCUAUUAGGGAUUCAAAAGAGCCCCUCAUUAGGAAUUUCUAAGAGUCCCAAUGGGUCACAACCGACUUCACCAAGGGCACCAGAUAACAUUGUGCUUGGUCCUCCAAAGAUGAAUUUCGCAUCAUCCUCAAUUGGGGGAUUAAAAAAUACCAAUGAAGAUAAAUCAACACAAGUAAGGGCAGGCAGGUCCGAAGGAUUGCGACAACGCCAAGAGGAUGUCUCAUUUCCAAGGACUGGCGGAAAAGACUUUGAACCUCGGGCUCCUCGCGGACCUUCAGGUGGACGGGGAUUCGUGGGUAGAGAAGCUCUUCGAGAUCGUACUCUAACCGAAAAGCCGUAUAAAGAAUCAACUGGACUUUUACAUCAUACGCAUGGUGGGCGUGGACUUGGGCAUGGACAUUCAAGACCUCACGAAACGAAUAUUAAGAAUAAUAGGAGAGAUGGUAAUAUAGGUGGUAAAGAACAUUUAGGUCGAAUAAAUUAUUCUAGGCAUCAACAACACCAACAGGAAGAAAGAUCCGAAACACCAGAAUGGUUGAACUAUAACCCGCAAACUGAUGAAGAUUCAAAAAACGGUGAAAAUGGCGAAUUUGAAGAUAAAAAAUAUUUCGAUAUUCAAGCUUGGAAGUCUCAGAUGAAAGAGCAAGAUCGUGAACGUAAGGAUAAGGAAAAAACAAAAUCCGAAAAAGAGAAAAAAGAUUCAGUUGAGAAAGGAAGAGCUCGGAGUGUUUCUCGAGCCGAUAGUAGCAUUUCUUGGCGACCAGAAAAUAAAGUUGUCACGAAUGAUGAUUCAUAUUCAGUUUCCGGAAUUUCAACAUUUGAUCCGCUGCAGAAUGGCUCAAAGAAAAAUAAAAAUUCAUCCGAGUUCGAAGAAGCUUCAAAUGUCGAUCAGCUCUUUGGUCCUGGCGGGAUUGAUCUUAACGCUACUUUAGAUCCUGGUUCUUCUGCCUUUAAUAAAUUUCUUUCACAGCAUAAUAAGCUUGCAAUGGCCGAAGAUAAUGUGUCAAAAGUUGGUGUUAAAAGUAUAGAAACAAACACUCGGGAACAGGGAACAUCCCGUUUCGCCAGGUUUUUUACUAAUAAUUCUGACGAAAGUCCUCAAGAAAAUGAUAAUCCUGAAAAAAAUUCAAGAUUUCCAAUAUCUACUACACAAAGUUCAAACGAGUCAAAACCUGUACCGAUUACCCUUGACACAUUAUUUCAAAGUUCAGCACCGCCUACCACCGCGCCUCUUUCACCACGAAUAAAAUCAAAUGACGGUGCUGGUACACGAAUGCUCACAGAAGAUGAAGUACUACAAACCCUUGGUGCAAAACCUAAACUUAAACCAGAAAUCAAAGAAAGGAAUCAUGAAGAUGAAGCUGCUAUGUUCAAAAUAAUCGCAGCUUUGAAAAAGGGACCUUCUACAGAAGCACCAAGACAACCACCAUCUACUUUACCCACUGUAUCCACUGUUGCAUCAAACCAUCCUCAAGAUGCUCAACAUUCUGUAAUACCACAACCAGGGUUACCCUUUAAUGACCCAUCUAUUAUUAGUGCACAAAAGUCAAACCCUAUGAUAAAAACUGGUCAACCUCAACCCAAAGGUGAAAUGUCAAGCAGAAAUAUAGGAUUUUCUGAAUUGCCGGCAUCCGAUUCAGUUAAAAAAAUCAAUAUGCUCUUUGGAGGAAAUGUUCCGACUUCUGUAUAUCGACAGUUGAGUUCCAGGUCAGAUAAUAGUUCAAGAGAAUCUUCAACCGCAUCUUCACCAGCAUUGAAAUUCAAUACCAAACCUAUUGUUUCAAACAUUUCAAACAUUUCCAAUUUUCCCAACUCACCCCAAUCAUCUGCGCCAAUUCAUGAUAUUCAUGCACCAACAUUUAAAUCAACCUCACCUCGUUCACCUGUUCUUUCACAUCAACAAAGUCAUAAUCAUUCUUCAUAUCAUAACAUCGUUCCCCCGUACUCUAAUGGACCCAACAUUUCCCAGCAUUCGCAUAAUCGACAAGAAUUUCCACCAUCAGUAGGUCGUAACAUACCAGUUGAACAAUUGUUUAAUAUGAUGCCACCACGUAACGUUCCUCAACAGAUUCAUCCACAAUUUCAACAACCUCCAAUGCCUGCAUCCAUUCCCCCACCUUUACCAUAUGGUUUCCAACAUCAACCCGAACGAUUUCCUCAACAACUUCAAUUUAAUGCCCCACCUAUACCGCAACAUCUUUCCGUACAUCAUCAUCCGGGAAUGUUACCUCCUGGCACUGAAGCUUUAUUUGCUAACAUGCACGGAUAUGCACAAUUUAUUCCGAAUCUUGUUAAUAACGCAAUGACACCAAACAAUAUACCAGGAAUUCCGAAUAAUUCAAAUAUUCAACAACGUGGAAUGAUGACUCUUGAAGAAAUUGAGAGACGAGGUCUUGGUGGACGUUAA